AUUUGGACUAAAUCUAAGAAACAAGUGACUCAAUAACUGUAAACGCGGUGGGCAUCAAUUAUAAAUAUGCUUAACAUCCAACUUCCAAUUCCAAACCACUAAGAUCAAAACAUUUUCUUGUGUUUCUUAUAGUGUUUAAAGUGUCAGCUUUUGAGGAUCUACUGCUUGAGGAGUCGAAGAGCAGGAUGAGUGUGGAAGUGUUGGACAGUGCUACAAUUGUUAACUUCGUUGAAGAUGAAGAAGCAUUCAACAUCUCAAUACGGGAUCGGUUUGUUCACCUUGACACUGACCGUGAUGGACUCCUCUCCUAUACAGAGUUGUUGAAGGAGUUGGAGAGCUUGAGACUCUUCGAAACUCACUUUGGCAUCGAUGUUAAGACAGACCCCAAGGAGCUUGCUCAAGUUUACAAUUCACUGUUUGUGCAGUUCGAUCAUGACUCGAAUGGGACGGUGGAUUUGGAAGAGUUCAAGGCAGAGAUGAAGAGGAUGAUGCUGGCUAUGGCUAAUGGGAUGGGAUUCUUGCCUGUUCAAAUGGUGUUAGAAGAAGGGAGCUUCUUGAAAAAAGCAGUAGAGCAUGAAUCCACCAAGCUAGCUGCUUAAAUAUAUUCAUUCGGAACCUUGGCUAAAUCCUUCUUCAGAGUAGUACUGAUCUAUGUUAUUGUUUUUUUUUUUUUUGGUUUUUAUUUCUUUCACCAAUUUCCUAUGUUUUCUCAAAACUAACUACAUCAGCGGAAUAAAUGGAGCGAACUAUUUUGUUAUUGCGGAUAAUCACGAUUUAGUAAUGGUAUUGCAAAGAUUGAUGAGUUUCAUGAUUAACUUAUUUGGUUUGUAUAAUCACCUCUUUAAAAGUUAAUAUUCAACAAAUUUAAAACAUUUUAAUAUCGACUAUCCAUUCUUUAACAAAAAAAAUGAGUUUCAUUACUAAAUGAACACAGUUUGUUCAAUGUUGUUUGGGGGAAUUAACGUUCAUGUCGGAGUAAAUUUACAUGUUACCUAAAACUGUCUUAAAGUAAUAAAUCGGCUAGAACAGAGUCAUUUCAGAUAAUAAUACAAAAUUAAAUUUUACUUGGAAUAAAAUAAAAGUUCGAACAGAGCUUUGUUUACUUUUAGAUAACGGGUAAAUCCACUCAUAGUCAUAAUAUACAUUGGAAGAGUUUCUAUUUAA